CGCGAGGCACGACGGGACGGAGGACCCGGAAGCGGACGGUGGGCGCUCCCCAUGGCGACGGCGGAGCGGCGCCGGGUUCCGCCAUGUCCUUCAAGCGGGAUGGGGACGACGCGGGGCAGCUGGCGGUACUGCAGCGGAGACGCGUGGCGGAGCUCCUGGCCAAUUACAUCCCGGAGGACGAAGCGCUGCUGCUGAGGAGCGGGAGAUACGCCUGCACGGUGUGCCCGCACCGCCCCGUCUUCGACACGCUGGAGGUGCUGGCGGUGCACCGGGCCGGCAGGAAGCACGUGGGCAACCUCCGGCGCUGCUACGGCGGCAGCCGCACGCGGGAGGCGGCGGUGCGGGAGCGGCAGUGCCGGGAGGCGGCGCUGGGCACUGAGGGCUCCCCGGCCCCUCUGCUGCUCAGGACAAGGCGGAUUGCACAGAGCGCACUGCUGAAGGCAGCUCCGUACAGCAGCUGCUGCAGGAGGAUGGGGGCGGAUGGAAGUGGUGUGAGAGCAGGAAGGACCCGAAUGGGGCCAAGAGCUGCCCCUGCAGCCGUGAAGGAGCGCAGAGAUGCAGUGGAGGCCACUGCUGCAGUGCUGCUGCCCGGGUGCUGUGGUGGGAGAGGAGAGGCAGCAGUGGAUUUCACCGACACCCAGCAGGGCGGUUUGAGGGGGGCUCAGCCAUCGCCACCCCCCAGUCAGCCCUCGGCUGUCAGCCCCGCGCGGCGCCAGGAGCUGCAGCGAUACCUACAGCUGCGGAGCGCCGGAUGGAUCCAGGACCCCUCUGGGAAGUGGGUGAAGGAUGAGAACGCCGAGUUUGACUCCGAUGAGGAGGAGCCCCCCGCGCUGCUGCCCACCUGAGGUGCCCAUCCUCCAGGGCUGCCCCCAGCCCCACUGCUGUGGGAAUGGGGCAGCUGGAGACGAAGGGCUGUGCGGGUCCUGUGGAAAUACAGCCUGGUGCUGCAGGGAUCCGG